AUGUAUGUUGUAGGUCAAGGAGCCCAAUAUGUUGGAAUGGGUAAAGAUUUCUACGAAAAAUAUUCUGUAUCACGCGAAGUCUUCGACGAAGCUAACCAAACUUUGGGAUUUAAUUUAACGAAAUUGAUAUUUGAUGGUGAUCAGUUAGAACUUACUCAAACAGAAAAUGCACAACCUGCGAUAUUAAUGACGUCUGUUGCUAUUCUUCGUGUUUUGGAGAAAGAAUAUGGAUUUGAUUUAUCAUCUAGUUGUAAUUUUGCUCUUGGACACUCAUUAGGAGAAUAUGUAACUUUAGUAGCUACAAAAUCUUUGUCUUUAAGUGAUGCCAUUAAACUUGUUCGAUUACGUGGAAAUGCCAUGUCAAGAACUGUAUCAAACUUGGGAGUUAAGACAGCUAUGGCAGCAUUAAUUGUACGAGAAGAGAACUUGGAUAAAUUACAAGAAGCGAUCAAAGAAAUCAAUACAAAUUUACCAAAAGGAGAAUCAGUAGAAUUGGCUAAUAUUAAUAGUGCAGUUAUAAGUGGUACAAGCGAAGGUGUAGAUCUUGCAUCAAGUGCUCUUCAAUUGAAUCAUCUUGCAGCGCGGGCAGUUUAUCUACCUGUAUCGGCACCGUUUCAUUGUAAAUUGAUGGAUCCAGCAAGAGAAAUGAUGAAAGAUGCUUUGAAUGGUGUUAAAUUUCAAACCCCAAUUGUAGAUGUUAUAUCUAAUGUGACAGCAAGACCGCAAGUGACUGCCACUGUUCAAUGGCAAAAAAGUAUAAAAUAUUGUAAAGAAAGAGGAGUUGAUAAUUUUUUAUUAAUUGGGCCAGCAAAAGUUUUGGCCAAUUUAUUGAGGAAAGAAUAUCCAAUGGAUUUAGUAAGGUUUGUUUGUACCUUUGUCAAGUGUAAAAGAAGUUAA